CGCACUCUUCAGCCUCUCACUCUCCCGUUUUCGCUCUGAGAAUCAGCAAAAAUGCAGAAGCAAGAAGCAGCCGCAGCUACGGUGGAAUCCGUCCAAUGCUUCGGGAGGAAGAAGACGGCAGUGGCGGUGACUCACUGCAAGCGUGGGCGUGGUUUGAUCAAGAUUAACGGUGUCCCAAUCGAGCUUGUUCAGCCGGAGAUCCUCCGGUACAAGGCCUUUGAACCAAUCCUUCUCUUAGGACGUCAUCGUUUCGCCGGAGUUGACAUGCGUAUCCGUGUGAAGGGAGGUGGUCACACUUCUCAGAUCUACGCUAUCCGUCAGUCAAUUGCAAAGGCACUUGUUGCGUUUUACCAGAAGUUUGUGGAUGAGCAGCAGAAGAAGGAGAUUAAGGAUAUUCUCAUUCGCUAUGAUAGGACUCUCCUUGUUGCUGAUCCUAGGCGUUGUGAGCCUAAGAAGUUUGGUGGUCGUGGUGCUCGUUCUAGGUUCCAGAAAUCUUACCGUUGAUUUCAAUCUUCAAUACUAUGGAUUACCAUUUACGGUAAUUGAAUUAAUGUUUUUGUUAGUGUCCUUUCGGUGUUUUGCUUAAAGACCAUAUUUGGUUUUGGGAGGUUUCUAGUUAAUUUUUGCCAUCUCUGUUUUUAUUUUGCUAAAACUUUUACAGUGUUAUGAUAUUGUUAGUUUCAAAUUCCCAAUUUGCUUUCUUGUUUGCAAGA